CAAAAGGAAAAACUGUUUCAAUUUCGUCCAAAGAAUAUUCGUGUCGAAAUUGUGAUCCAAAAUAUGCAGUUGAUGAUGUGAGAGAAACUUGUGUAAGAACUGAUGCAGUAGGUAGAUCAUCGCCAACCCAAAGAAUAUGGUUGACAGUAGAUCUUGGUGGAAAUUUCAGCAUUUACAGAAUCAGUAUACUAUAUCAUGAAUAUGGAGAAGCAUACGAGAUGAGACAAAGAGGUCGAUUUGCUGGAUUUUCUCUUUAUAUCUCCUAUUCACCUAACAAAGAAGACGGUGUUCUCUGUUACAAGAACUCACUUCCAAUACCUCCCUUGGAGUUUAAUACAACCUGUAUAGGAUAUGGUCGUUACGUCAUCUAUUACAACGAAAGGCUGGAUGGAGUUACGUACCCUGAAGGAUACAACAAUCCGAUAUACACACAGUUAUGUGAAGUCAAAGUAGAAGGGUGUGCACAGGCAGGAGUAUACGGAGUUAACUGUUCAUUACUAUGUCCAAAAACUUGUUAUGAAAACAAAUGUAAUAUUGUGAAUGGAACAUGUCUGAGUUGUGGUCAAGGGUGGACAGGAGACAAGUGUACAGACAAAUGUCCCUUAGGAUGGUAUGGCCUUGCGUGUAAAAACCAGUGUGUUGGACAUUGCAGAGGAAGCCAUACAUGUAACCACGUGACAGGAUAUUGUGAAGGUGGUUGUGCAGAUGGAUGGAUGGGGAAGCUUUGUGAUAUAAGUAAUUACAGAUUUUUUUAA